AUGGAGCAAAUACUGGAGGAGUUUCCGGGGCGUGAAUCUUAUUUGAAAGAAUUGUUUCAGUUGUAUGGUCAUCAGUCGCAUUCAUUUCCAUCGUCGGUGUUUAUUAGCGGUGCGUCUGGAACGGGGAAAACGGCCACUUUGCUAAGAUUUCUCGAUCACAUGGACAUUGUAUACGCUUAUAUCGAUUGCAUCGAGUGUUACACAUCGAAAAUGUACUUUGAAGCCAUCGUCAACAGUCUCAGUGGCCAUAAAUUGAGCCCGAACAACAAUUUUGAAAACUACGCCAAUUGUGACAGUGCUGAAGACUUCGUGGACACAUUGAAUGGAAUCGAUUCGAAUAAAUCAUAUGUGGUGGUUUUGAAGAAUUUCGACCGAUUACACGACAUCGAGGCCAACAUUUUGCCGAUCAUGAUGCGACUCAAUCAAUUUGUGCCAACGAUAAAUAUUUCCUGUAUUCUGAUCGGAUCGCAAACACUGUUGAACUACGUGGGUAAACAGGGUUUGGUGCCUACAAUAACCAUUCAAUGUGACCAGUAUGGGAAAACUGAUUUAUUGAAAAUUUUGAUGAAACAAAUCAAUCAUCUGCGAAGAAGCAUGGCCGAAAUCAUCAACGAGGGUGACUCAGAUGAGGAGCUGCGAACGAAACGCUUGGUAAUUCUAUCCGAACUCGACGAACGUUUCUUUAUUGGUUACUUCAACAUAUUCCUUGACACAUUUUUCGCCAUUUGCCGAAAUGCCAAAGAGCUUGUGUACCUGAGCAACGCCAACUUCCCGAUCUACUGUAAACCAGUCAUUGACGGUGAUACUCAGGAAAAUGAGCUGCGCAAAUUAUGGGAACACAUGAAAUUACCAUUCAAAAUGGCGAUGAACUCAAUCUAUUGCCGUGUUGAACAGAAGAACACCAUAAACAGUACCAAGGACCUUGAUCAUAACGGCGUUGUGAUGUCGUCGACCAAAGCCGAAGUACAAAAAUUGGAGUUACCACACUACACCAAGUUUUUGCUGAUCGCCGCAUACUUGGCCAGCCACAACGAUGCAAAAAUUGAUAAGCGUCUGUUUGUUAAGCACCAUGGAAAGCAGAAGAAGCGCAUGCAAAAUGUUCGAUCU